AAUUUCGCUGCUUGCACACCGCAACGUGCAGGAUCGCCAGCAUGCGGUACCUGGCUCGCCUUUCCCUCAUUUCGUCCGCCAUCAGGCAACCGGUACGCAGGUGUCAAUUCUGCUCCACCGCUCGGCAGCUGCAAGGUCUGCACUAUGAAUCAAAGUACGCGGAGAAGCUGCAGAAGCGGGCCCAAGAACGCGGGAUGACCUUUGAUGAGCUUCGCGAGGAGUUGAGAGAACAGGAGCGGGAGAGACGGCGACAAAGAGACCUUGAGGCCGAGCAAGCAGCAAAGGCGCUCAAAGCGGAUAGUGCCUCUUUCUCAGAGUCUGCCAAGUUACUUCGCGCGGGUGUAAGUGAGAGGAAGGACAGCUCUCCUGUUAAACCGCUGAACAGCAUCCUGAAUCUUGAUCGCCUGAUUAGUACUCCGCAUACUCCUGAUCAGAUCUCCGUUCUGUGGAGAGCGUAUCAUGACUCUCGCUCUGGAGGCACCGGGCGUGGCUUCUUAUCUGCCAGCAUCCCUGUUGAUACUUACGAGAAGAUGAUGAGCGUCGCACGCCGAUACCCGGCCUUUCUGGUUCCCCUUCCAAGACCAGGCGGGCAUACAGACGAGCAGAAGGACAACAAAUCGGCGCACGAGUUCUACUUCAUGCAAUGGGGCUUCCAUGGAUCACCGCCGGAACCGUCCAGGGACCUCUUCGCACCUCGACAGCCCUCUUCCAACCCGCAAACAUCGACGAUCCUGUUCACUCCCUUGCAGGAGUACAAGCUCCGUAACUCGUUUGCUACGCCAUACCUGAUCUUGACACACUACACUGACCUUGCCCGCUCGCACGGACUCGUCCUGUUGCGAGGAGAGAUCACACCGUCUGCUCACGCUCGUGCUGCUGAUGGAAGUGAGGGAAGCUAUUUAUUGAGCCAGCAGGAUGCUCAGCUCUUGGCGAUAGCGGUGCAAAACUUCUAUCUGUGGAGUGAAGGGAAGAACGAGCGAACGGCGUUGCUGGAGUCGUUCCAUGAUAAUCCCACAGAAUUUAAAUGGGAGGAGCUACUGAAACAUUCGGAUUACGCACUUUAGAUUAAUGUUGAACUAGAGUGGAUGACACCGUGUACUCAAUUGUUCGCUCAAUGCAUUAACAAGGGUACCCUGCAAGCAGGUCCUGGGAGAAC